GUUUCGGUAUUGCUUCCCUGUCAGAACCCCAUUGUUUUAUACCUUGCUAAUGAUUUCAUGCAGCAUGACAGCAUCUUUGGCCAAGAACUCCAUAAUAUUAAAAUUGAUCCAGCUGCACAGACAAACUGGAGGUGUGAGAAUGUUCCGAAAGUGGAGAUGAAUUCUCAAGAUUCCACUUCUUUCAUUAAAAUUGAACAGCAGCACAGUCACAUUGUGAAGAUAGAAUGGCCAUGUAUGACUGAGCAUAAUCAUAUAGUAAAGACUGAGAGAUCAUGGCCUGGCCAGGAUGCAAUUUCUCAACUUGAUAGUGAUCAUAAAUUUUAUUGGAUCUGCCAAGGCGAUACUUAUGAAGUAAAGACACAGUAUGCGAAAGGACCAGUCACUUCUGAGGUCAAGCAUGAAGAUCACUCUGGUCAAGCCGUUGGUUCUGCAAUAGAGUCAGAGCAGACAAAAUCAAACACUCAGUCCACAAUAAUGGAGCACUUGAAAGCACAGAGUGUACCACAGGAGGUGGAGUGGAAUUGCAGGAAAAAUACAGAUAUUUUAGCAUGUAUAUUAUCACCUGAACUUCAAGAUAUGGAUGUUGCUGGAUGUAAAAAUACACAGCAACAUACACAGGUUCACAGGGAUGAGAAGCCUUACCAGUGCAGUGUGUGUAAAGCUACAUUUAAAAAAUUAUCCUAUUUGAAACAACAUAUGCUUGUUCACAGGGAUGAGAAGCCUUACCAGUGCAGUGUGUGUAAAGCUGCAUUUAAAAGAUUAUUUGUUUUAAAAGAGCACAUGACGGUUCACAAUGAUGAGAAACCUCACCAGUGCAGUGUAUGUAAAGCUGCAUUUAAAAGAUUAACCACUUUGAAACAACAUAGGCAGGUUCACAGGGAUGAGAAGCCUCACCAGUGCAGUGUAUGUAAAGCUACAUUUAAAAAGUUAUCCAAUUUGAAACGACAUACGGAUGUUCACAAUGAUGAGAAGCCUUACCAGUGCAGUGUGUGUAAAGCUGCAUUUAAAAGAUCAUAUGUUUUAAAAGAGCACAUGACAGUUCACAAUAAUGACAAGCCUCACCAGUGCAGUGUAUGUAAAGCUGCAUUUAAAAGAUUAUACAAUUUGAAACAACAUAUGCUUGUUCACAGGGAUGAGAAGCCUCACCAGUGCAGUGUAUGUAAAGCUACAUUUAAAAAGUUAUCCAAUUUGAAACGACAUACGGAUGUUCACAAUGAUGAGAAGCCUUACCAAUGCAGUGUGUGUAAAGCUGCAUUUAAAAGAUUAACCACUUUGAAACGACAUUCACAGGUUCACAGGGAUGAGAAGCCUUACCAGUGCAGUGUGUGUAAAGCUACAUUUAAAAUGUCAUAUGUUUUAAAAGAGCACAUGGCAGUUCACAGUGAAGAGAAACCUCACCAGUGCAGUGUAUGUAAAGCUGCAUUUAAAAGAUUAACCACUUUGAAACGACAUACGGAUGUUCACAGGGAUGAGAAGCCUCACCAGUGCAGUGUAUGUAAAGCUGCAUUUAAAAGAUUAACCACUUUGCAACAACAUAUGCUUGUUCACAGGGAUGAGAAGCCUCACCAGUGCAGUGUAUGUAAAGCUACAUUUAAAAAGUUAUCCAAUUUGAAACGACAUACGGAUAUUCACAAUGAUGAGAAGCCUUACCAGUGCAGUGUGUGUAAAGCUACAUUUAAAAGAUUAACCACUUUGAAACAACAUACGCAGGUUCACAGGGAUGAGAAGCCUUACCAGUGCAGUGUGUGUAAAGCUGCAUUUAAAAGAUUAACCAAUUUGAAACGACAUACGGAUGUUCACAGGGAUGAGAAACCUCACCAGUGCAGUGUAUGUAAAGCUGCAUUUAAAAGAUUAACCACUUUGAAACAACAUACGCAGGUUCACAGGGAUGAGAAGCCUUACCAGUGCAGUGUGUGUAAAGCUGCAUUUAAAAGAUUAACCACUUUGCAACAACAUAUGCUUGGUCACAGGGAUGAGAAGCCUCACCAAGCACUGCAAUUGACAUAG